AUGGCUGCAGUUCAAGAGCAUAUACACUAUGCGCUCCCUUCCGUGGCAGAUUCACCAUCUGAAAUCGAAAGGUGCGCCGCAUUUCUGCGCUCUUCUCAGGCUCUCUUCUCUCUUCUCUCUACUCGACUUACUCGCUUGCUUACUCGUAUUCCAAGGCUGGACAUGAUGCACAUCGCGAUCCGCGGGUACAUGCAUGGUCGGCUCUCUUUUGCGCCGCUGGAAGAAAUGGACGCACCCCCACAACGAAUCUUGGAGCUCGGGUGUGGGAGCGGUGCCUGGGCUAUCCAAGCAGCGGAAGAGCUUCCCGCGGCACAUGUCGUCGCUGUCGACCUCUCGCCGUUUCCCGACCGUCCCGUGCCAUCCAACUUCGAGUUCAUCCAGCUUGACAUCACGAAGGAGCUCCCAUUCAAUCCUCACUCGUUUGACAUCGUUCAUUCGCGUUUCGUCUUUGGCCACGUCGCCAAGCCGCGCGAAACUCUCGCCCGCAUUGCAUCGCUCGUUGCCCCGCGUGGGUUCUUGCUUCUCGAGGACUUCGACAGCGAAAGCCUACUGUGGACGUCCCCACCAGCCGCCGCACGCUUCACCGAGCUCUAUGUCGCGAUGUACCGCGAGCACGACCAGGAGCCAGAUAUAGGCCGCAAUCUGAAGCAAAUCAUGGAAAAUCUAGACGGGUUUGGUAGCCCGGCUCACGAACACAAGGCAGCCGUGCCCCUGGGUGUCCAACUCGAUGAUUACAACGACGCAAUGCGCGCGUUUGCCCGCGGCAUGCGCAACACCGAUAUCCAUGCGGCAGGGCUGCUCAUUGCCCGCCAGGGUGGUAACUACGGUUUCACGGACGAUGUAUUGGAGGCAUAUCUCUCCGCCGUCAACACAGCUGACUAUGCUGCGAUAUUCGAUGUUUAUUUUUGUUGGGCUCGGCGUACCGCACUGUGA